UUGGCUCAAGGGCUCUCUUUUCAGACUGGGGCGCGCAGCGUCUUGGACGCGGAUUGGCCGAAGGCGGGGCCGGGAGGCGGGUUAAAGAGCGGGUUGCCGGCCAGACCACGCGUGCUUGAGAAGGUUCAAUGGCGUGGCAGGGACUGGCGGCCGAGUUCCUGCAGGUGCCGGCGGUGACGCGGGCCUACACCGCAGCCUGCGUCCUCACCACCGCUGCGGUGCAACUGGAGCUCCUCAGCCCCUUCCAACUCUACUUCAACCCGCACCUCGUGUUUCGGAAGUUCCAGGUUUGGAGGCUCGUGACCAACUUCCUCUUCUUCGGGCCCCUGGGAUUCAGCUUCUUCUUCAACAUGCUCUUCGUGUUCCGCUACUGCCGCAUGCUGGAAGAGGGCUCCUUCCGUGGCCGCACGGCCGACUUUGUCUUCAUGUUUCUCUUCGGAGGGGUCCUUAUGACCCUGCUGGGACUCCUGGGUAGCCUGUUCUUCCUGGGCCAGGCCCUCGUGGCCAUGCUGGUGUACGUGUGGAGCCGCCGCAGCCCUCGGGUGAGGGUCAACUUCUUUGGCCUGGUCACUUUCCAGGCACCGUUCCUGCCUUGGGCACUCAUGGGCUUCUCGCUGCUGCUGGGCAACUCCAUCCUCGUGGACCUGCUGGGGAUUGCCGUGGGCCACAUCUACUACUUCCUGGAGGAUGUCUUCCCCAACCAGCCUGGAGGCAAGAGGCUCCUGCUGACCCCUGGUUUCCUAAAGCUGCUCCUGGAUGCCCCUGCGGAAGACCCCAAUUACCUGCCCCUCCCUGAGGAACAGCCGGGACCCCACCUGCCACCCCCACAGCAGUGACCCCACCCAGGGCCAGGCCUAAGAGACUUCUGGCAGCUUCUAUCCUACCUGUGACCCCUACUUGGGGCAGAAAACCCACCCUAAAGGCUGGGCCCAUUCAAGGACCCACCCGAAUAAACAGAAUGACCUGCA